UGGGGUGAAAAUGAUAUUAUGAAGGUAGCAAGCCACAAACUAACAAUAUAGGGAUAAAUAAACUUGGCCCGCUCAGAGCAUGCUCGGACCAUGCUGAAGCAAACAAUAUGGAUGGGAUCCGGAUCCGGAUCCUAUAUCCACCACAACCACUACCACCAUUUCAGAAACCCGUGCAAGCUGCCACCCACACCAACCUCACCCGCCGCCGUAGCCAUGUCAAUAUCACCCCAGAGCAAACAAUCCAACAUUUCCAUAAACACCCCCACACUCACAGAGACUUACCCCACACCACUAUCCCCUCCACUCCCCGCAAUCUCAAAAGAAAUCGAACUAAACAGAGCCACAAUCGCUUCAUCAAACUCAGACCUCUUCUCCCUCUCAAAAACCCACACCAUCUACGAAGACGAAUGGCUCCUCGCCGUCAACAAACCCCAAGGAAUCUACUGCGACAGCGUUCUCUCCUCCCUUCAAUCACAAAAAACCGCACCGCCGGAGCUUCAUCUCGCUAACCGACUCGACCGCGACACAAGCGGCGUUAUGCUUAUUACAAAAUCACACAAAGUAGCUUCAAAUCUCGUCAAAGCCUUCACCGAUCACAAAGUCAAGAAAACCUACAUCGCUCUCUGCACCGGCGUUAAACCUAAUUGGGAAACGAUAACCGUUAGAUCCGGUCACGGUAGGUCAAAAUUCGGCGCGUGGAGAGUUUACGCCUUUUCCGACGCCGGACGUGGAUUACCGGGUGGAUCGAGUGUACGUGAAAUGGAAACUUCUUUUGAGGUUUUAUCUGUAAACGGAAAAGGGAGUUAUACGGAGGUUUGGGAGUCGGAGUUUGAAGGGAGUGGUGUGGUUGUUGUUGAAGAAAAGGCGGUGAAAAUCGACGGUGGUGAUGAUCGGAAUGAGAUAGUAAUAAGAGCUUAUCCUCGGAGUGGAAGAACGCAUCAGAUUCGAUUGCAUUGUCAAUAUUUAGGGAUUUCGAUAAUUGGGGAUGUGAAAUAUGAAGGUGUUUAUGAAUGGAAUGGGAGAGUUCAUGAUGGUCAUCACCUUCAUGCUGAAACGUUGUCGUUUGAUCAUCCUGUUACUGGGGUUCGUCUUAUGGUGCGUGCACCACUUCCACAAUGGGUGAACGAGGCGUUAUCAAAUAGAUCUAACAUAGACACUGUGCACGUGGAAAGUUAGUUAUAUACAUGAUUUUAAGGUUCUUGUUGGCUGGUUUUGUGGCAAAGAAUAGCUCUGCCUCUGUUUGCACAAAUGUUGUUGAUUAUGGUUUAUAUAUUGAAUGAGAUUCUUACACAAAGUGUGGCACCUGUAGCUUAAUUAGAAUUAUUGUCAUUUUUAAUUCGAAGAAUUGAGAUUUUUUAGAAGGUAACUAGAACAUCUUUUCAUUUGAGAAGUGUAGAAGUUUUUUAAAAUGCUAUUCAUUAAAAACCUCGAGAACGACGUGUUCAUGUCUUGAGACAGUUGAAAUCUGUUGUAGAUUCUGAGAAGAGUUGUUAAACUGUUAAAAGAAGAAACUUAUCCAAGAAGUUUCUAAUAGUUGGUUUUAAAAUGUUACAAAGCACAUGAUAAAGAAGCCCCAUUGAGUUUUUAUUCUACUGUACAUUUUAUUGACAUUUUCUGUAGUUUAUAUGAUCAUUAUGAGAAAUUGUUGGGUUGUAAGGGCCGAGAAUGGAAAGGAACAUUUGAAGUUGAAGUUUGUCAUGCAGGAUGGGAAUAUAUUUAUGCAAAAUCAGACUAUGCUACGAAUUGUUCACAUACAUUUACCUGUUUAAAAUGUUCUUGUUAAGAGUUCAUUAAAUCAUGUCUGACAACCGAAAUCUGCAUAUGGUGACACUCAGUAUGUUAUAAUAUUAACGUGGAGUAUCACUCUUGAGUAUACCUUGCCGGAAAAAAAAGAGUUUGGUACAGGUAUGUUGUGAGACUGAUGAAAUGGAGUUCCUAUUAGCUAAAACUGAUGCUGUAAGAAACUCAUUGCAUUUUUUCCUUUUAGCCCGAUAUAGCAAUUAGAGCAACAGUUGUGCUUGUGCAUUACCGUUCACGUGAAGGAUGCAUUAUUAUUUGGGACCGUAAUGAUAAACGCUUACAGUUACAGAUUACGUAUUGGGGUGAUGUGUGUACAAAUCAAGCAAAGUUUAGAUCUUGGAAUCUAGGCCACUUGUACAGUGCUUCAUGGAACACUCUAGAAUCAUAAAUAAUGUGGCCCACGUAAUAAAAGACAGAAACUCUUGUUGAUUGUAGUUUCUUUCCAAGGCAUUA